AUGCUCUACUACACCGUGUGGCUCAUUUCCCAUAUAGAUCCCAUUAAGUACAUCUUUGAAAAGCUAGCUCUUACAAGGAAGAUCUCCCGUUGGCAAAUGUUGCUCUCCAUAUUCAACUUUGUGUUUGUCACGAGAAAUGCCAUCAAGGGCCAGGCUGUAGUCGACUACCUAGCGGACCGGCUGCUGAAUGAUCCAGAACUUUCAGAAUCCCUCUUCCUUGAUGAGGAUGUCAUGGCACUAGAGCCAGAACCAAACAAUGUGGAACCGUGGCGUUGGAAGCUUUAUUUUGAUGGAGUCGCCAAUUUUACCGGAAAUGAAGUGGGAGCAGUCUUAGUUUCCCUCAAGGGCCAGCAAAUCCCUAUUUCAGUCAAGCUAAAUUUUGAUUGCACCAACAACGUCACAGAAUAUAAAGUGUGCAUAGUCGGCUUGCAAGUGACCCUAGAGUUCGGCGCCUAUGACUUGAGCGUCUUUGGAGAUUCCCUAUUAAUCAUCUCCCAAAUCAAAGGAAAAUGGCAAGCUCGAGACACCAAGUUGAUUCCGUAUUAG